ACGUCGGAGGUGCCCAUGGUGCUGGUGGGCACCCAAGAUGCCAUCAGCGCCACCAACCCCCGGGUGAUCGACGACUCCCGGGCCAGGAAGUUGUCCAACGACCUGAAACGCUGCACCUACUACGAGACGUGCGCCACCUACGGGCUGAACGUGGAACGCGUCUUCCAGGACGUGGCGCAGAAGGUGGUGGCCCUGCGGAAGAAGCAGCAGCUCUCCAUCGGGCCGUGCAAGUCGCUGCCGAACUCGCCCAGCCAUUCCUCCGUCUCGGCGGCCUCCGUGCCCUCCGCUGCCAACGGGGGCGGGGCCUUCAGCGACUACUCGUCCUCGGUGCCCUCCACGCCCAGCAUCAGCCAGCGGGAGCUGCGGAUCGAGACCAUCGCCGCCUCCAACACCCCCACCCCCAUCCGCAAGCAGUCCAAGCGCCGAUCCAACAUCUUCACAUCUCGGAAAGGCCCCGACAUCGAGCGGAAGCCCCCAGAGUGUAAGGCGGACACGAUUGGAAGUGGGAGGGCCAUCCCCAUUAAGCAGGGCGUGCUCCUGAAGCGCAGCGGGAAGUCGCUAAACAAGGAGUGGAAGAAGAAGUACGUGACGCUGUGCGACAACGGGGUGCUCACCUAUCACCCGAGCCUCCACAAGCUAAUUGAAUGUGGCUUAAUCACACAUCUUAAUAGCUUUCCACGCUUUGAACUCGUUGUUAAUUCCAGUGCCCCCCACUCGGCCAGCAGCACCUCCCUGCACUCGGAGCGCUCGGGCAGCGGCACCAACCUGGGGGGGUUCAGCCUGAAGCCGGAAGGCAGCGGCAUUCACCAGCGGUCCUACUCGGUCUCCAGCGCGGACCAGUGGAGCGAGGCGGUCGUCGUGACCAGCGGCGCCCCCAACGCAGCCAACGGUGCCAGCGACUCGCUCAGCUCCAGCCCCAACGUCUCCAGCACGGCCAGCCCCAAGCUGGAGCCGCCCCCGUCCCCUCAUGCCAACCGGAAGAAGCACCGUCGGAAAAAGAGCACGGGCACCGGACGGCCCGAUGGGGCGGGCAGCGUGGCGGAAGACCAAGAGGAGAGCUUUGAGUUCGUGGUGGUCUCCCUGACGGGCCAGUCGUGGCUCUUCGAGGCCUCCACGGCCGACGAGAGGGAGCUCUGGGUUCAGGCCAUCGAGAGCCAGAUCCUGGCCAGCCUGCAGGGCUGCGAGAGCAGCAAGCACAAGUCGCGGCUGGGCAGCCAGAGUGACGCGGUCGCCCUCCAGUCCAUCCGCACCGUCCGGGGGAACAGCUUCUGCGUGGACUGCGACGCGGCCAACCCGGACUGGGCCAGCCUGAACUUGGGCGCCCUGAUCUGCAUCGAGUGCUCGGGCAUCCACCGGCACCUGGGCACCCACCUGUCCCGCGUCCGCUCCCUGGACCUGGACGACUGGGCCCUGGAGCUGGUGAUGGUGAUGACGGCCAUCGGCAACAGCCUGGCCAACUCCGUCUGGGAAGGCGCCCCCAAGAGCUACCCCAAGCCGGGGCCGGAGAGCUGCAGGGAGGAGAAAGAGCGCUGGAUCCGGGCCAAGUACGAGCAGAAGCUCUUCCUGGCCCCCCUGCCCCACUCGGACGUGCCCCUGGGCCAGCAGCUGCUGCGGGCGGUGGUGGAGGACGACCUGCGGACGGUGGUGCUGCUGUUGGCCCACGGCUCCAAGGAGGAGGUGAACGAGACCUACGGCGACGGGGACGGCCGGACGGCGCUGCACCUCUCCUGCGCCAUGGCCAACGUGGUCUUCACCCAGCUGCUCAUCUGGUACGGCGUGGACGUGAAGAGCCGGGACGCCCGGGGCCUGACGCCCCUGGGCUACGCCCGCCGGGCCGGCAGUCAAGAGUGCGUGGAGAUGUUGCUGCAACACGGCUGCCCCGGCGAAGCCCCGGCCGGCAGCCUCACCCCGAGCCUGCCGCGCCGGAACAUCAACAACAACGCCUCCUCCGGCACGCCGCUCUCCGAGCCGGGCUGCCCGGGCUAA